AUGUUGGUAUUUUUAUGGUCAACUAGAACAACUUACUUUAUUGGCAGCCCCAGGUUGGUAUCGGAAGGUGACUCAUCUCACACUAAUCCUGCAAGGCUUGAAUCUGCGGUUGCAGACUGCGACAGCUAUUUCGCCUCACCGAUCGUAGAGAGGCUCAUGGUCUGGAAAGCUGUUCGCUAA